AAAAGCCUUACCCAUUUUCCAAUCACCAAUUUCGCUGCCUUACACAGAUAUCCGAGUAGGCAAAGCUGUCUACUGUCAUGGGCUAUAUAUCAUCAUGGAUAGCGGUAGCCGUUAUCUCAUCACUCGCCCUGGUCUCUGCUGCGGCGCCGUCUCCCAUUAACCUUCAGUCUGACCUUACAAUCCUGGUCGAGAACGAUCUUGAGGGCGCUACUAGCAAAUCGCCCGCAUCAGGCAUCAUUGUACUCGGUGGACAGAACCACACGUUAAUAGAAGCAGACCGCGCCUGUAAAGCACUGGGCGAGCAGCUGUGGUCUCCAGCGCCGAACAGAGCUACGACGGAAGUUGUCAAGCGGCAGAUAGACUACCUGGUGCUUCGAGGAUCCUUCACAAACUCCACAAGGUUCUGGGUUGCCCCUCAAAAGGGAGACAAUGGCACCGUCGAUGGCCCGCACACAAUUGACACUCAAGGGCUUAUGCAGCCCUUGGAGAACCCCAACGAAGAGUUCCCCGCUGUGUGCACGCAGUCAGCACCUUUCUCUACCUUGUCGACGGGAGACACGAGCGAGACGUGGCGAGUUGCUGUCAAGGCCAACGAUGACACCCUGGUCGGCUAUCGCGACCGUGCCAGUUUUCGCUUCUUGGGAGUUCGAUAUGCACCGCAGCCCGGACGCUUUAGAUACUCGACCGGCUAUCGGGGCUCUGGCGGUAACUACUCCGUCCUGAAAAUCGCCCCGGCAUGCGUCCAAUUGGACGGCUCGGGCUCCGAGGACUGUCUGUUUCUCAACAUAUUUACUCCGUAUCUGCCACGGGAUGGCGCCUCCACAGCCAAGAGCAACCUCAGGCCGGUCAUGUUUUGGAUCCACGGAGGAGCAUUCACUUCGGCGAGCGGUGGCGACUCCUUUUCCGACGGCGGCAAUUUUGCCUCCCGCAACGACGCCGUUGUGGUUUCCAUCAAUUACCGUCUAGGCACCCUCGGCUUCAUGGCCAUCGACGACGGCGAGACCAACGGCAACUUUGGACUGGCGGACCAGGUCAACGCUCUGGACUGGGUGAUUGCCAACAUCCGCAACUUUGGCGGCGAUCCCAGCCGGAUCACCAUCUACGGCCAAAGCGCAGGGGCGGCUUCAGUGCGCGCCCUGCUGGCCUCCCCCAAGGCUGCCGGCAAGUUCGCGGGUGCGAUACCCAUGAGUGGGCUCGGCGGGCUCAACUACGGCACCCCGUAUGCAAAGUACUUCACCAUCGAGGAGAUGAUGAAGACGGUCGGGAAUGAAAUCCUGACCCUAACCGGCUGCGACAUGGCCAUGUCCCGAGUCGACUGCCUCCGCAAAGUGCCCCUAUCCGAGCUCCUCACCAUCACUCCAGCGCGAUACCUCGUCGUCGACGGCACCUACCUCACGACCGACCAGCUAGAGCUCAAAUCAGGCCCACCCCUCCCCGUUCACUUGAUGAUGGGCUCCGUCCGCGAUGACGGCGCUCCAUUCAUCUCGUACCCUAAAACAACCAACCAGACCGAAUACCUAGCCAAGAUCGGCUUCAAACCCCCCUCGCCAAGCCUCUUCCCCGUCCCGACCACCACCAACAACACAACCCUGAACCUCUACACCAUGGCCUCCCGCCUUGCCACCGACGCCAUGUUCCGCUGCAUCGACCAGGCGACCGUGCACGAGGGCCUGCGCAGCGGCCGCCUGGGGACUGGCCGCGCCUUCUACUACGAGUUUGACCGCACCUACCAGACGGCCGGCUGGCCGCGGCUGGACGUGUGCGAGCCGCCGCGCACCGCUGCCAAGCCCAACGGCGACCCGUCCCUGCCGUACAUGCGCUGCCACUCGGGCGAGCUCAACUACGUGUUUGGCAACGUGGUGCGCGAGGACAGGCCCGCGCGCGACGACGCCGACUUCCCGUUUCAGCGCCUCGUCGUCGACAUGUUUGGCGCCUUUGCGCGCGCCUACGACCCGAAUCCGGACGAGUGCUUCUUGGCGACUAGGGGGUACGCCGAGACGCUGAGCGAGGUCCGAAGGUCCGGCCCCUGGGUACCUGCGACCAAGGAUGGCAUGACGCUCAGAGAGUUGGAUUGGCCGUCGCGGCAGGGGCCGUUCAGGGAGCUGUCGCAGUGUGAAUCGCUGGGGUUGGGGCUGGGUUAUUAUGAGUAACGUGGAUUUCCUUUCGCGUUCACAAUAGAAAUAGAGCCAGCACGACAGUGCUGGUAGAAACUAGAGCACAUAUUCCGUUUUUGAGGGACUUGGAGGGAAGGAUCUAAUAAUACGUCCCAACAUAAUGAUUUCGCACGCUUCGAUAGCUCUGCUUGGGCAGUUUGUGCUCUUGCGGUGCAAAAUUGGC